AUUCAGUGCUUGACUGGUGUACAAUAAUUUUCUAAUCUGGUGUAAUUGACAGCAAAUACGUGAUGUCUCGUCAUUUCGUUUACUUCCGGUAACUCCAAUGUGUUGGCAAAUAAUAAAUAAAUCGUAAGACUUUUCUAGCAGUCUAAGAAUGUUUGCUAAGCUGAAGGAGAAGAUACAGAAAGAGGGAGGUAAUGUUAGUGAAGGGGAGAAAACUCUGGCACCUUUACCUGGCCAUGCAAGCCCUCGUCGUGUCAGUCUUGCAACAAAUGGUAGUCCAGCUCAGAGCCCAAUGACCAGAAAUGAUAGCUUUUCCUAUUCCUCAUCAACGGAUGAUUUGACUAAAGUUGAUCUAAGCAGUAAAGAAGAUGUGUUAGUAGCUCUUCAAAAGAGAACUGAUCAGUGUAAAAAGCUGGAAGCUAGGAAUUCAGAGUAUGUAAGUGCCAUGAAAGACAAUGCCAAAAAGAUUGAAAAAUUAGAGGCCUACAUAGAGAAACAGCAAGAUGUAUUAGCUAAGAGGACACAAGAGUUGAAUGAACAGUAUCAGGCUAGUAGGAUAAAGUUAUCAGACACCUACAAGCAAGAGCUCGAACAAAAAGAAAAGGAGAAACAAGAAUUAGAGUUGAAAUUAAAGGAAACAGAGUCAAUGACAAAACAGUAUUAUAAGAAAGAAGAAGAAAAAGAAGAAAUGCAACAAUUUACUACACAAGAAAUGGGCAAACUUAAACACAUGCUUAUAUUAAAAGAAGAAGAAUUAGCUAAAUGUCAAAAUGAGUUACAAGAGCUGCAGACGAAUAACAAGGAAUUAGUAUCUUUAGAAGAGAAAGUGAAAUCCCUGCAAUCAGAAAAACGUAAUUUAGAAGAAGAAAUUGCUGGCCAUGGAAAAAUUGUGAGUGCUUUAACAAAAGAAAGAAUUACACUGGAGGAAUCUCUGAAUGAUGUCAAAUCACAGUUAUCAGAGAAAUCAUCAGCAUACUCUAGUCUACAGAGCAAGUUUACAGAACUAGAGAGCGCCCAUCAGACAUUGAUACACACUUCAGAUCAACAAAAACACAAGCUUAAUCAACAAAUUCAAGAACAAAAGGAUGAAAUAGAACAGCUAGCUGAUAGGUUAUCAUUGUUACAACAGAGGGAACAAGACAACACACUAUCUGGUGAUGACAGGCUUGUAGCUAUUGAGAAAGAGAGAGAUGGAUUGGAAAGGAAAUUAACAGAGACUAGGGAGCAGCUUUCACAGAUCAAAUCAUCAUGGAGUGAAAAGAUAUCUCACUUGGAAGACCAGAUAUCACAUCUGAAUGGUAAGAUUGUGGAGGACAGUGAGGAGUUGGCCGAGGCCAAACGGUAUACAGAAACUGUACGAGAGAACAUGCAGACAGAGAUCGAAAAUUUAAAGAAGAAACUGAAGGAUGCAGAAAAAGAGGUACAACAACAAGUAGAUCUGUUAUCUAGAAAAGAAGCAAGAUUUAAAAAGGAGAGAUUAGAACUGGAGACAGAAGUGUCGAAGAUGAAGUUAGAGAAGGUUGAUUUAGACACCCAUCUGCGGGCCAAGUUAACGUCAGUGGAAUCAGAACUGAUGGGACUGGAGUUGAGUAAAGCUCAGGAGAAGUCGCAACUUCAAGACACGGUUCACAAACAGGAGCAGGCUAUAGCUGAUCUUGAACACAAACUUGGCAAUUCAGAAGAACAAGUCAAAUCUCUGGAAGAAAAUUUAUCAAAACUUCAGGCUGAGAUGAAAGGUCUACAAACAAAAUGUAAGUCACUGGAGGAAGAUGUAAAAGAUAAAGAGAAGAAGUUGCAUGAAGCAAAAACUCACGCCCAGUCUUUACAAGAGGAGGUAAUUCUGACCCAGGAGAAGCUCGACAAAGCUGUACAUAGCUCCAAAUCUAAAAUCUCAGAACUCCAGGAGAGCAAUAAAGAUAAAGAUGAUUUUAUGUUACGGAAUGCGGAACUCUCGCAACAAUUGACCACAUUACAGCAGACAUUACAAGACGAGAAACACACCCUAGAGGCGGAGCUUGAAUCUCACAAAGAGAACGAGAAACAACUGCGUGAUAAAUGUCAAGAAUUGGAAAUAAAGAUAGGGGAGUUGACAGAUUUCCAGUCAGGUCAUCUUGCCAGUAAUGAACAGGUUAUACAAUUAGAAGAUACAGUAACAUCAUUAGAGGAACAGCUAGCUGAGAAGAAUAAGGCAUUAAAGAAACAGGAACAAAGGCUAAAUGACUUGAAAAAGACAUUACAACGAGAGCUUAAAGUUCAGUCUUUGCCUAAUGACGAACCAAUUGACCCUAAAGUGUCGGCAUUGACUCCGCCUUUGCCUCGUAAAAAUUCCCUUACACAAAAAACACAUCAUAGUGAUCAUUCCACUCGGACACGUAGGAUUAGUUCUCAUGACCGUAGUCCUGUUCCUACAGAUCCCGUGAUGGAUACGGUUGAUGGAAUAAAUAAUUCUAUAGGAACUCAAGAUUUCUUUCUCGGUGACAAUUCUCCACAUAAUCAACAUAAAUCUAGUUCAGAAAGGAUAUCCUUUGGUGUUCCGAAUUCUCAUGCAACAAUAUCAGUGACAGAUACACGAGGCCCCGCUGGCCUCACAGGUGCCUUUGCUUCUCAUGCACAGUUUAGAAAUCGCGAGUUCGAGACUCGGCAUCUAGAAAAAGACAUCAAUUUCCAGUAUUUAAAACAUGUUGUGAUGAAAUUCAUGCUGAGUAGAGAACAUGAGGCAAUACAACUGAUAAAGGCAGUAUCUCUGCUCCUACGAUUUACUCCUGAAGAACAAAAGUUAAUACGAGACACUUUACAGUGGAAAAUGUCAUGGUUUGGUGGUUCUCAACCUCCAGCUGUGUUAAAAGGACAAACUAAUAAAAUUAUACCUCCAUCUUGGUGAUAUAACACAAAUUUAUGGAUUAAUGGUAAUAAGAGUAAUUGUGUCAUAGUGUGUGUGUGCGUGGCCCUCAUUUAUUCAUUCAUAGGUGAAGAUGAGUAGCUCUUUAAACACUUAUAUGCAUGAUUUUUAGCAGUCAAUUAAGAGUUACCUCCCCCUUAAGCUCAAGAGAUUGGAUUCUGUUUUUUGGAAUGACAAUUAAAUUGGCAGUCUGCUGUCAAGAGUGAACAUGCAAGCUUGAGUCUGUCUGACUGGAUGGGACUUGUUGUCAUGGUUAUAAAUUUGUAUUGGACUUACAAAUACGUAUAUCAUGUGAGAAGUGUACCUGUGUAUGUGAAGUGUAAUAAACAUGGAAGUAUCAUGCCAUCACUGUGUUCAAUGGUGCUUUCAUUUCUAGCUGAUAGAAAUACUGAAAAUGCUUUGAAAGUAUGAAUAAAUGGUGUAGCUAGGAACAGCUACAAUAACUUCAGUGGCUGUUAAACAUUUUACGAAAACUGUAGCUUAUGUUAUUUUCAUUAGAAUAUGCAUUUUAAAAAUACGUCUGCUGGGUAGGCAUUUACAUGUAUAUCAAAAUAUAGCAGCCUUAUAUUGUGUAAUUGUGCUUUGAGAAGAAAUAGGCAAUGGUUUAUGUGACAUGGUUUGGACAUUUCCCAUAGCCAAUAGAUGAUCCUUAUUGAUUUUAGGUCAAAGGUCGAGGUCACAAAGGCACUGUUUGAAAUCUUAAAAUGUCAAUACAAAUGUAUGCCAUUGUGAAAAGUAAUGGAGAAGCCAGGGUAUGUGGGGUAUGGGUGGAAAAGCCGGGGUAGGUGGGGGUGACAUAUGUGUCUUAUGGACACUUCUUUAAGUGUUAUCAAUGAUCUGAUUAAUAAAAAAUGAUUGAUAGCAUUUUUACCUUAAUGAUUCUGUAGGAAUGCUAUAAAUUCUGCUAUUUUAUCAUUGGUCACAACAACUUCAAGCUGUUUUUGGAGGUUUUAUUUUUAGCCAUUCAUUUUUUUACCAUAUCUUUAUUAAUUGAUGAUUACAUAUGAAAGAAUUGCAUUACUUCAUUAAAACCAUCUUGUAUCUUUUUGUUUCUAAGAUUGUUCAUAAAUACUUUGGUAUAAACCAAGAACUGUGUUAAGGAAAACAAUAUUGUGGAUGACUCUAAAAUGUCUUAUUUGCUAUGCAUUUAUAAUGUCAUUUAUUAUGUAAUAUUGGACAAAUGUGUAUUCAUUUUGUUGUUUGGAAAUUCAUUAUCAUAACUAGGUCAUUUGAGUAAAUGUUUCUUAAAAUACUUUGUUAAGCUUUAGGUAAAUUAAAGUUGUAAAAAAAACUUUAUUUUUAAUAGCACAAAGUUGGGGGAAGAGUUAACAGUUGAAAAUUUAUCAUCAAAUGUUGUCAUUGUAACAGACCUUUUACUUACUAUUAUUUUUGGAAAUUAGAAUCUUGUUGUGUAUUAUAAAACCAUGAAUUUUAAUUAAUUUGAAAUAAUGUUUCAGCAGAAUGCCUCCACAUUUGUGUUUUAAUGAAAAUUUAAAAUUUGUUCUUUGUGUUGGGAUAAGUGUUUUUUAGUGACUGUAUACAUAAUAAAUGAUUUGAUAUAGCCAAAGUCACCAACUUUCCACUGAAAUUACAUUUAACUUGACAAAAUAUCUAGAAAUUUCUUUUACUCCUUUCUUAUUGGAUUAGAAGUUUGGUGAUGAAACAAGAAAAAAAUUGUCAUAUCUUGCACUCAAAUUUUCACCUGGAUUAUGAAUAUUUGUCAGUAUGUAUAUUUUUAUGCCCUGCCCCCAUCUCUUUUAAGGGUGGGGUCAUAUAGAUUUACUCUUAUACCUCUGUCAUGCUGUCUCACUGUCUGUCCCUUGACUGAUAAAUCAGUUGAAUUGGCACAUUUCUAGUUUGUUUUAUAUAUUAAAUAAUAUUGUCUUAAUUUUUGUAUUAUUUUGAAGAUUUAUUUUACAAAUCUAGAUGCUUUAAAUUCAGAAGAUAAAAAUGCACCUACAUAUCAGUGCUAGGGUACUAAAUAUAUUGACUGUUGUUUUUUCAGUGAGAAAUUGCUGUACUUAACAUAAUAGUGUAACUGCAUAUGUACAUGUCAAAUUGUUUUCUAUUAGGCAACUCUAUUAAGACUCUCAGACAGUUAUAUUACAGAAUAUACAUGUUUGUUAACUUAAAUUUCUGUGAAAUUACUCUAUUUUUCAACAAAGCACCCGUAAUCAGUAUAUGUGUAAACUUUGUUCAACUGAGUUGGCAUCUUCAUUUUUAGCCUUUAUUAUGUGGUCAAAACUUUAUUAUAGGGAAAAUUAAGAUUUUAGUGCUUGAUACUUAACAUGUGUUAUCAAAUGUCAAUGUUUUGGCCUUUUAAUUUAUCAGAUUUAGUGCCAAUGUUUAUCAAAAUAUUAUGUUGAUAAAGUGCUAUCACUUCUUUAUUUGUUUACUUUACUGAACUGAUUUAUAUUCCCCCCCC